UGAUGAUUUGCCUACUUGGAGUGUGGAUGAGUUUGGAGUGGGUUCUGUGAAUUGCCUUGCCAUGAUGUUGCCUUAAUGAUAAUGCAAUCGGCUAAAUGAGGACAUAACAGGCCACUAAGGUAAGGGGAAUGAUAGAGAAAAAUAGUUGUCUUUCUACGUUCUCUAUUGCAAGAAUACUGCCAUUGCACAGGUGAUUCGAAUAUACUUUCUGAAAUAGCUAUUAUUCAACCUAUAUGCAAUUCAUGAAAAAUGUUGAAUUAUUAAUUUACAUAUUUACUAAAUGGCAAUCCCUUUGUGUUUGUUUUUGUAUACACGGUCGCAUUUCCAAAAAUGUUAUUGAGAGUAAAGUUUGCCCGCAGUUACAGUAACAGGGAUUUACAAACUUGACUGCUUAGUAUGCUCGCGGUACGAUCAGACAGAGAGAGACGUGACUGAGCGGUGCUGUGCGGUGCGCCCAGGCUAUGUGUUGCUCCUAUACAGUUUAACAUUAUGGCGAUAAUGAAUUAUUUCAUGUUUACUUUAGUAACUAGAUCAUUUUAAAUGUUGGUGUUUUGGGGUAGGAAUUCGUGAUUCUAUCAGAGCUCAGUUUGCACCUGAUGCGCUCUGUUGCGGAACUACCCAGGCUGAGUUUCAACAUGACCCAUUAAGUGGAUAUGGGUCAGUGGUCACUGAAGGUCAGAAAAUAUAACCAAUAAUCAUGUAACUAUUUGUCGUAGCAUUUAUUUAAAUGAGCAUAUGCUAUAUUGGUUGGAGUGGCCACCCCUACAAACAUUACGCCUCCAUCACACCGACAGUGUUUUUGCGCAAAAUGGUACCAGCAUCAUCUGGAUGUAUGUUUAUUCCCCUGUAGCUCAGUUAGUAGAGCAUUGCGCUUGCAACGCCAGGGUUGUGGGUUCGUUUCCCACGGGGGGCCAGUAUGAAAAUGUAUGCACUCACUAACUGUAAGUCGCUCGGAUAAGAGCGUCUGCUAAAUGACUAAAAAUGUAAAAUGUGUGCAACAGAAGUUCAACAUUCACCUUCUGCUACCAUUUCUGUCAAGCGUUCUACACAUACAGUUUGAUGCAUACAUUCGAUUAAUCCAACGUAUACACUACACAGAACGUGCUGCAAGGCAAACGCAGCGUUCCAUUGGAAGUUAAUGUACUUCUGUUAUACCAAAAUGUUGAACCUAUCGAGGCGUUAGAAAAGCGCUCCAGAUGUGUGUGAUUGUUCAACAUUCACCUUCUGCUAUCAUUGCUUUCAACCCGUUGACCACACAGAACGCACUGGAACUGCCUCUGCAAGGCAAACGCAACGUUCCAAUGGAAAUGAAUGUACUUCUGGUGUGCAAUAACACAGUCGGUGUGUUCAAAGCAUAACGCUUCGAUCACACCGACAUGGUUUUGUGUAUUGGUACACCAGAAGUACAUUCAUUUCCAAUGGACGCUGCUUUUGCCUUGCAACAUUGCGUUGCAGAGGCAGUUGCAGUGCAUUCUGUGUGGUGCAUACUUUGGAUUUAUCAAACCUAUUAGUCAAACUGUAUGCGUAGACAGCUGGACAGAAAUGAAGCAGAAGGUGAAUGUUGAACUUUAUGUUGCACACAUAUUCAGAUGAUGCUGCGUACUAUUUUGCGCAAAUAGACUGUAGGUGUGAUCGAGGCGUAAUACAUUUACAACACGUGAUAGUGUAUGGCUCUGUCCGUUUGCAGCCUAUGGCAUAUAGACAUAUGUAACCAGCCUCAAACAGACCUCAUGGGGCACUGCUGGAUUUGGGGAGCCUAUAAUUCCAGUUUUUGCUUCCAGUGUAUUUCCUUAUAGUGACAUUACUAUACAAUAUCGACAUUUCAGCCCAGUCCCUGACAUUUGGUCAGCCAAUGCUAAAGUAUUAUUACCUUUCCCUCUACAAUUGUUGAACAUGCAAGUUAUUGACAUAAUUCUAAUGUUUUUACAAAAACCAUGGCAAUCAACCAGACCAUUCUUCAUUACCAUGAUCUGAGAUUUAAUAUUUAAUGUUGUUUCUCCUCUAUCUCCCUCUAGACUUAUAAACACACUGAAGGAAAGCAGGUGGGAUAGAACACAGCUCAUGCGUGGGCUCAGAGAGGGUCCGAGGCCGUACGGAUCAUCUGACUAACAUGGGUGUUCUCCAGCUCCACAACCCCACCCUUCCCGCCACGCUCCUGCAGAGGGCCAAUCAUAUGCGUCUGUCAGGAACGCUGUGUGACGUCAUCAUCACGGUGGACGGCCAGGAGUUCCCGGCCCACCGCACCGUCCUGGCCUGCACCAGCAAGAUGUUUGAGAUCUUAUUCCACCGCAGCAGCCUGCGCUACGCUCUCGACUUCCUCUCCCCUAAGACCUUCCAGCAGAUCCUGGACUACGCCUACACAGCCUCCCUGCAGGCCACGGCCGAGGACCUGGAUGACCUGCUGUACGCCGCUGAGAUCCUGGAGAUAGAGUACCUGGAGGAGCAGUGCCUCAAGGUCCUGGAGACCAUCCAGUCAGAGGAGAAGCAGGACCACCUGAGUCUGAGUGGGAGGAAUCACGUGUCUGGAGAGAGCGAACAUGGCAGGGCAAGGCACUGGAGGAACAUGCUAAUCUCCAAGAAGCAUUCCAUGCAGGAGGGUGGUAUCAACCCCACUGCCCUGCACCACCUGGCACUGUACCACAUGACUGACAGGAGUCCCUCUGGGCCAGGGGGACUACCUAUGGGGCUCCCUGUAGCCAGCCACACACAAGAUGGAGGGGUUAGUCUGGAGGGCCAAGGUCAGUCUCUACUGCAGUACAGCCUAAAUGGAGCCCAGGACCCCUCCCUGCCUCUGGCUAAGAGGAUAAAGACAGAGGACAAUAACAUGCAGGUGGAUGAAGCCAAUGGCUACGAGGGCCGGUCCUCCAGCGGAGGGGAGGGGGGCUGUGAGUCGGACCAGCCCAGAGAUGAGGGCCCGGGGACCCCCCAAAGAGGCAGUGUCAUCACCUCUGCUAGAGAGCAGCACUCGGGCCAAGAGGAGGGGGGCAUAGUGGGGAACAACUCUCCUCUGGACAGUUUCCCUGGGCUGGCUGAGAAACACCUGGCCUCCCUCUACUCCUCCAUGCCCUCCAACCACAUAGGGGAGGGGGGGCUGCCUAUGACCAUGUCGGUGGCCCCUUCCCUGGCCAUGUCCCUGGACCUGAGGGCCUAUGGGGGGCUGCUGCCCCAGGGCCUGCUCCACAGGGAGAUCCUCAGCAGGCUGGGCCAGUUUGCAGCAGGGAUGAGGCGGGAGGGCCAGAGUCAGACUCAGAGCAGUGGGGACUGUGGUCUCCAGCUUCACGACAGAGAGGACAUGGAGCAACACAGGUAGAGUACAGAGUACAGCUGGCUGCAUACACCACUCACUGUUAUAUCUGUAGGGCGUCUUUACGCAUUAUGGAUCUCUAGGUAUGAUUGAAGGAGGUAUUUUGUUAGAGAGUGCCAGCAGGUAAAUGUAGUUGAAUGUGGAAUGAGUGAAACAGCAUUUAUUUUUGCAGAAUGCAGAUUAUUGUCUGCCAAAGAUGUAAAUGUAAAUGUAAAAUUAUUAUAAUGCUGUGAUCAUUUAGUAAAUGCUGUUAUUCAAAGUAAAUUGCAAUUCAAUUAUGUCACUCCUUCACCCACAAAGUGUUCUGUCUGUUCGCUAUACACUAGGACAGGGUUCUUCAAUUCCGGUCCUGGAGGGCCGAAACACCUCUGUUUUUCAUCCUCUCCUUCUAAUCAGGGGCUAAUUCAGACCUGGGACACCAGGUGAGUGCAAUUAACUACCAGGUAGAAAUAAAAAACAGAAGUGUUUCGGCCCUCCAGGACCGGAAUUGAAGAACCCUGCACUAGGAGGUCUGUGAGAGACAGACAGGGAUGUGGAGUGUGUAUGUGUGUGUGGUGAGUCUGGAGUCUUCAUGCUAAAUGGUUAAUUGUUUUGUUAGGGUGUGAAGGAAGAGAUAGAUUGUAGUGCACAACUUCUAAUUUAAAGGUUGGCUAUUUUUUUUUUGUCUUCAUUAACUUUUAACACAUUAAAAGACUUCAAAGGAAAGAGCCUGGAGCAACAAUAUGAAAUCUUUUAAUUUGUUUAAAAAGACACCUGCUCUUAUUCCUGAAUAGAGGGACUUCAUAAGAGGUAUGAAAUAGGUCUUUGUUAGCCGCUUAGCAGACAUGGUGUGGCAUAAUGAAGCUGCUUACAAAGUUGCAAAACAUUUCACAAUUCUGUAUGAUUAUUUUUUAUUAGAUGGUUUAACUGCUGCCUCAUGACUUGGUGGGUUUAAAGAGGUUGGUGGGUUUGGACUAGAGGUUGGUUGGUUUAAAGAGGUUGGUGGGUUUAGACUAGAGGUUGGUGGGUUUAAAGAGGUUGGUGGAUUUAGACUAGAGGUUGAUGGGUUAAAGAGGUUGGUGGGUUUAAAGAGGUUGGUGGGUUUAAAGAGAUUGGUGGGUUUAAACUAGAUGUUGGUGGGUUUAGACUAGAAGUUUGUGAGUUUAAAGAGGUUGGUGGGUUUAAAGAGGUUGGUGGGUUUAAAGAGGUUGUUGGGUUUAAACUAGAGGUUGGUGGGUUUAUAGAGGUUAGUGGGUUUAAACUAGAUGUUGGUUGGUUUAAAGAGGUUGGUAGGUUUAAAGAGGUUGGUGGGUUUAGACUACAGGUUGAUGGGUUUAGACUAGAGGUUGGUAGGUUUAAAGAGGUUGGUGGGUUUAGACUACAGGUUGAUGGGUUUAGACUAGAGGUUGGUAGGUUUAAAGAGGUUGGUGGGUUUAAACUAGAGGUUGGUUGGUUUAAAGAGGUUGGUGGGUUUAAAGAGGUUGGUGGGUUUAAAGAAGGGGGGGGGGGGGGUCUCCUAUGACUUUUGUAAGAUUAAUGUAAACUCUUGAGUCACAUUACAAAAGCUACAGACAUGUCCACAGGUCCCAUAACUAAAUCAAAUCAACCAAGCCAUCAUCAGUAUCAGAACACCAACCUCUACCCUUUCUCCUCCCACGCAGAUGGCUGACAUUUCAGGCCUGUGCCAUUCCAGUGUUUGAAAGAGCCUGGUGACACAGAACACUCAGCAGGGUGUUAGCUAGCCAAUGUUCAGUCAUGGAGAUAGGCAGAGGUUUGAAGGUUGGAGGAGUCAGUCCUUCUGGUGACUGCUGAUGUUGUAAUGAAGCUAGUCCAUGUCAGGAGACAGGUCACUGAGCAUCAUCCACCUCAGUCACAUUGACAUUUCUGAGUGGAGAGAACAGGGAGAGAGAAGUUUGUUAGGGCAUAGCACACUUUUUCAGAACUUUAACUUCAAGCUUUGAUUAAGUGAAUUAUCUAAAGGAGAAAGCUAGGAAUUGUAUGAGGUGUCUUUGGUUUAUAGUGGAUCUGUUCUCUAGUUUUCUGUUAAAAAUCCUCGUUUUCUAUUGUAUUUUGAUGUAGCGGGUGUUCUUGAUUUAAUUGAAGAGAGUUUUGUUGACAUAAUAUUUUAUUGGUACUAUAUAUUAGAUCACCUGUUCUUUGACUGUGGUUUGUUUAUAACUGUCUAGAGGACUGCUGUCUGGCCAUUGUGCUGCAGAGGGGAGUAUUAUUAUAACAGUGCAGAUGAUGCCUGGCAUGGCUGGACGUGUGAUAUGAUAUGAUGGGGUUUGCUGCAGGUAGAGCGGCGAGUCAGUUUUUUCAUUUUGUACGAGAGGAUUGGCUGUCUGGAUUUGCAUGUGUGUGCGUGGGUGUUUGUGUUUGUGUCUGUAUGUGUAUGUGAGUGAUUGUGUUCUGAAUGUGUGCGUGGGUGUUUGUGUUUGUGUCUGUAUGUGUAUGUGAGUGUUUGUGUCUGAAUGUGUACGUGGGUGUUUGUGUUUGUGUCUGUAUGUGUAGUCAGUGUUGUGUUGUGUCUGUAUGUGUACGUGGGUGUUUGUGUUUGUGUCUGUGUCUGUAUGUGUACGUGGGUGUUUUGUUGUGUCUGUAUGUGUACGUGGGUGUUUGUUUCUGUGUCUGUAUGUGUAUGUGGGUGUUUGUGUCUGUGUCUGUAUGUGUACGUGGGUGUUGGUUGUAUUGUCGUCUGUUUUAUGUGUCAAGUGACGGUGUUUGUGUCUGUGUCUUUUGUAUGUGUACUGGUGAUGUUUGUGUCUGUAAUGUGUAGUGGGUGUUUGUGUCUGUAAUGUGUACUGGUGUUUUGUCUGUGUUGUGUGAUGUGUAUGGUGUUUGUGUUGUGUCUGUAUGUGUACGUGGGUGUUUGUGUUUGUGUCUGUGUCUGUAUGUGUACAUGGGUGUUUGUGUGUUUGUGUCUGUGUCUGUAUGUUUGGUGUUGUUUGUGUACUGGUGUCUGUAUGUGUACGUGGUGUUUUGUUUGUGUCUUUGUGUCUGUAUGUGUAUGUGUUGUUCUGUAUGUGUAGUGGGUGUUUUUUCUGUGUUUGUUUGUUCUGUGUGUAGUGGUGUGGUGUUUGUGUCUGUGUCUGUAUGUGUCUGAUGUGUGUGUUUGUUUGUGUCUGUAUGUGUAGUGUGUUUGUGUUGUGUUGUUCUGUAAUGUGUACGUGGGUGUUUUGUUGUGUCUGUGUCGUUGUGUUUUAUGUGAGUGUUGUGUCUGAUAUGUGUGUUGGUGUUUGUGUCUGUGUUGUAUUGUAUGUGUUGGGUGUUGUUCUUGUUGUGUUACGUGGUGUUUUGUGUGUUGUGUCUGUGUCUGUAUGUGUACGUGGGUGUUUUGUGUUUGUCUGUUUUGUUGUCUGUAUGUAUGUGUAGUGGUGUGUUGUGUUUUGUGUCUGUAUGUGUUGUGGUGUUGUUUGUGUUUGUCUGUGUGUCUGUUGGUGUUUGUGUUGUUGUAUGUGUGUGUGUUUGUCUAUGUGUACGUGGGUUGUUUGUGUUUGUGUCUGUUGUAUUGAUUGUUUGUACUUAUGGGGUGUUGUGUUGUGUUUGUGUCUGUUGUUCUGUGUCUGUAUGUGUACGUGGGUGUUUGUGUUUGUGUUUGUGUCUGUGUCUGUAUGUGUACGUGGGUGUUUGUGUUGUUGUGUGUGUGGUUGUGACUGGGUGUUUGGUUGUGUGUUGUGGCUGGUUGUCUGUAUGUGUACGUGGGUGUUUGUGUUUGUGUCUGUGUUUGUAUGUGUACAUGGGUGGUUGUGUUUGUGUCUGUGUCUGUGUCUGUAUGUGUACAUGGGUAUUUGUGUUUGUGUUUGUGUCUGUGUCUGUAUGUGUACGUGGGUGUUUGUGUUUGUGUCUGUAUGUCUGGGUGUUGUGCUGUAUUGUGUUGUUGUACUGGGUGUUUUGUGUUUGUGUCUGUGUCUGUAUGUGUACGUGGGUGUUUGUUUGUGUCUGUGUCUGUGUCUGUAUGUGUAUGUGGGUGUUUGUUUGUGUUUGUGUCUGUGUCUGUAUGUGUACGUGGGUGUUUUUGUUUGUGUCUGUGUCUGUAUGUGUACGUGGGUGUUGUGUUUCUGUGUCUGUAUGUGUACAUGGGUGUUUGUGUUGUGUCUGGUCUGUCUGUAUGUGUAUGGGUUUGUUUGUGUUUGUGUGUUCUGGUGUGUAGUGGGUGUUUUGUGUUUGUGUUCUGUUGUAUGUGUACGUGGUGUUUGUGUCUUUUGUGUCUGUAUGUGUAUGUGGUGUUUGUGUUGUUGUUUUGGUCUUGUGUCUGUAUGUGUACUGGGUGUUUUGUGUUUGUGUCUGUAUGUGUACGUGGUGUUUUGUUUGUUGUCUGUAUGUUGUAUGGUGUUUUGUGUCUGUCAUGUGUAUGUGGGUGUUUGUUUUUGUGUUUUGUGUUGUGUCUGUAUGUGUGUGGUUGUUUGUGUUUUGUUCUGUGUCUGUAUGUGUAACUGGGUUUUGUUUUGUGUCUGUAUGUGUACUGGGUUUUGUGUGUUGUGUCUGUAUGUGUACGUGGGGUUUGUUUGUGUUUGUGUCUGUGUUUGUUUUUUUGUGUUGUUUCGUGUUGUUGUUUUGUGUUUUGUUUGUACGUGUCUGUGUGUGUUUGUGUUGUUGUUUGUAUGUGUACGUGGUGUGUUUUUGUGUCUUUCUGUGUAUGUGGUGUGUCUGGUGUUUUUUUAUGUGUAGUGGGUGUUUUGUGUUGUUCUGUCUUGUGUGUUGUAUGUGGUUGUUUUAAUGUUUGUUCUGUGUCUGUAUGUGUACGGGUGUUUGUGUCGUGUUGUAUGUGUACGUUAGGUGUUGUGUUGUGCUGUCUGUGUACGUGGGUGUUUGUGUCUGUGUCUGUAUGUGUACGUGGGUGUUUGUGUUUGUGUCUGUGUCUGUAUGUUUACGUGGGUGUUUGUGUCUGUAUGUGUUUAUGUUUGUGUCUGUGUCUGUAUGUGUACGUGGGUAUCAGCACGUUUAUUUGUAUUGUGCUUUCUAAAAUGAUCCCUGAUAUUUCUAUUGUCUGUUCUCCUUUUGCAUUGGUACAGUGUGAUACUGUGUGACUCACGACUCUUAGAGACCGCUCUACUCUAAUGAUGCAGCAGUACACAGAGAGGGUUGCUUUCAUGAUGGAAUGAAACAUGCUUUUCUCUACAAGGACAAUGAUACCUCUACCUUUUGAAAACCCUUCAGAAAAAGGCACCAAAACAUUUUAGAGCCCAAUGUCUGCUAUUUUUGAGACCUCAGUCAUUGGUUCAUCCCAGUCCUUUCUUCUCUGUCCUCACAGGAAGUUGCACAGUGGAGGAGAGAAGGGACACGGCUGUGAGUUCUGUGGCAAACGCUUCAUGGACAGUGUACGGCUCAGGAUGCACAUGCUCUCUCAUUCAGGUAACACUGCCAUAUGAUGACAAUAAUAGAGUCCAUUCCAUUUACAAUACACAUAAUAAGGAUGUACUGUUUUCACAUGCACCUGUUCAUUAUGUCACACGUAUAUUAGUUGAGUGAGGAACAUGAGAUAUGUGUUAAAGGAUCCCUAGGAAAGAGGCUUCCUCUUCCUGUCUGUCUCCUGUCUGUGACUGUCUCUGCAUGUGUCAGUUCUUCAGGGUCUCUGUCUUCUCUUUGUCUUCUCUCUGUUGUAUCUGUGUGUGUGUGUGUGUUUGUGUGUGUUUUCGGAGAGUCUGUCUGGCUCCUCGCCAGCUCUGUCCCUCUGAGUGAUGACAUCAUCAGCUGCCGGCAGGCCUGGGUGUUCUGCCAGUGUUCCGAAGCGUGUGUGAUGGCUCGCUCGCAGAUGUGUGUCCAGGAACACACUGUACCCAAACGCCGACUUAAUCAGACCUGACUGCUCUCCCAGCCACUUUAUCCAAAAUAGAGCAGGAGAAGGGGAGUGGAGUAGGCGGAGAGAGGGCCUAAAAAUGAAAAUAAAAUAUAAACAGAAACCCCACUCUGAUGUUAGGAAGAAUAGACACAAGGCUGCUAUAUCUCCCUGGCUUUCCUCUCCUCUGAUCUCUGUAAAAGUGUUAGGAGAUGACAGACGGCUGACAGAUGAGAGGUUCCCUUUUUCCAAACUGUGUUCAUAAACUACCUGACCUCGUCACAGUAGACACAUUUUAAAUCCAGGUGUAGACGCAAUGAUGAGUUUGGAAUUCCAUGUUCGGAACUCUGUGAUCGGAACACAAUAGCUGCAUCAGGUCUAGACACAUUCUGCUAGUGGCUACUAUCUUUACUCAUCCUGUCUGCAUCGGUAUGACCUGAUGAGACAUACGGGCUAUAGUGUGUGUAAUAUAGGCCUGUUAGACAUCAUUUAGAUACUUUGAUCUUUCAUUACGAAAUAUAUUUCUGAAACUUUCUUUCAUCUGAUUUGUAUUCACACACCAAAUAUAUAGCCUCUGUAUUGCACAAAAAAAGAGAGUUUGAUCUUAUUUCAUUGUGUGUUGCUGUAUAGCCCAUAGCAGCCUUUAGAUCCUCUGUUGGUUGCUAAGGAGCCAGUGCUCCACAGCUCUAAUGGGCUGAUUUGGUAUUCAGCUCGAUGCUGGUUCGUAUUUUGGUAUGCCAGACAAAGUGUUUUGAUGGAGGACUAUUGCAGCUGCGUCUGGAGACAGUUUGAUGGUUUAUGGAUGAGAACACACUCCAUGCCUUUGACUGCACAAGACAAUGCACUAUGUUCUCUUCCUCCCUAAUCACACACAAUCUCCCAACAGCACAACAUAACACACUGGACACACUGUCACAGAACAUAACAAACUGGACACACUGUCACAGAACAUAACACACUGGACACACUGUCACAGAACAUAACACACUGGACACACUGUCACAGAACAUAACACACUGGACACACUGUCACAGAACAUAACAAACUGGACACACUGUCACAGAACAUAACACACUGGACACACUGUCACAUAACAUAACAAACUGGACACACUGUCACAGAACAUAACAAACUGGACACACUGUCACAGAACAUAACACAUUGGACACACUGUCACAGAACAUAACAAACUGGACACACUGUCACAGAACAUAACAAACUGGACAUACUGUCACAGAACAUAACACAUUAGACACACUGUCACAGAACAUAACAAACUGGACACACUGUCACAGAACAUAACACAGCACACAACAUAGAAUUUACCGUCCUUAAAAUACUUCUCUCAGCCAAGGACAGCCCUGCAGUACAUCACAAUACAUCUAGGUAAAGGCUACAUAGUAUGCUGAAAUGUUUUGUUUUCACAAAAAUGUUAAAGGAUCUGAAAUGAGGUAAAAUCUGUGGAUGAGGUGGUUGUAUCUAGCUACAGCAUUGGGACUAGUGGUGCAGCUGUACAGGGAGGUGGGGAGAGUUGAAAGAGAACUACAUUUAGGCUGUAGCGCUCCCAGUUUCCAAAGCUUGUGGGCGUUUUAAUGAGUCAUUUUAACUUCAUUUAAAGCCAGCUGAGCAGAAAAUAGAUCAGUGAAUGAGCCCUGGGCCAGUAUGGAUCUGAAACCGAUUUACAUCUCACCGAGAGCCAGCCCACAUCCAUGUGUGUGUGUGUGUGUGUGUGUGUGUGUGUGUGUGUGUGUGUGUGUGUGUGUGUGUGUGUGUGUGUGUGUGUGUGUGUGUGUGUGUGUGUGUGUGUGUGUGUGUGUGUGUGUGUGUGUGAGUAUGCAUGUAUUUGCCCACACCCACAUGUGUGUGCAGAAUCACCAUUUGUCAGAGCAACUGGCAUCUCCUAUAGCUGAGUGGUGUUAGUGCCCUUGUCUUCUCUGAUCUCUUCAUAGGAAAAGACAAGGGCAUUCUAAAGGUGAGCAGGGUGCUGUGUGUUACUGACGGAGAAGAGUAGGGAGUGUUUUCUCUGGACUGUUUCUGAUAAAGGCAUGUGCCGCGGGCUCAGAGCAGAGCGUCUGCUGUGCACAGAACACCCAGUCCUUUUGUGGCAACUCAGGCAGACAGGCUGCACACUGUUCAGAGCAUGAUAACAGGGUAAAUACUACUCUUCAGCUCAGCUCCUCACUGUGAAAGAGAGAAGCCACGGAACACUGUCUGGUGCCUUUGUUUGGCCAGAGUUGUGUCUUUUCGACUGGGUUCUGUUCUUUUGUACUGUGUGUGACUCCUUGUGUAACUGUAAACAACCAAAAAUGUUCACAGAAGAGGAUGGGUACUUAGGGACUUUUAAAUAGAGCGUUGCAUUGGCUCAAGGUUUGAUAUGGAUUUUAAUCACCUAUAAGAAAUGUGGUUUGAUUCGGAAAUAAAAGUGCAGCUUUUAUAGCCAUCUGAGAUUCAGAGUUGCUGAUCGUUUUCUCAUACUGUAUACUUGAAUGUUUACAUCUCACAAAAUAAUAUACACAAUAUGUUGAGUGUUUGAUGAUGACACAUGACUGUGGUUUCCCCCUGCAGCUGGAGCUGAGGCCCUGGUGUGUGAUCAAUGUGGAGCUACAUUCUCUGCUGAAGACGCUCUGGAGGCCCACAGACAGACACACACAGGUACUGUCUGACACACACACACACACACACACACAGGUAAGGCCCACAGACAAACAUAGCUCACGGUUGAAAACGUACAAGUACCCAAUGACUCACAGACACUCAUUCAUUGCCCUUAAACAAGGAGGCUACAAUUGACAGGACACUGUUUGAGGUCCGCAUAUGUAACGUACUCUCUUGCAGCUUAUUCAAAAAACGUUUCAUAAAUCUAUGUCUAUGGGGAUUAACAUCCUUGUCAUUGUGCUGGCAGGGUUAAACUGUCCCUGUCAUGUUGCUCCAUAAUUUAUCAGUGGCUAGCGAGGACGGGAAGGCCCUCUCAGAUAUCACCCACUAAUAUCUCCUGGCAUCCCAUGUGGGUGCAUGCCUAUUUACCACUGUGCUGGCAAGCCUGACACACCAGGCAAGCCUAGGCCACACUGCAAGGACAUGACAUUGUCAUAGAUAUGCCAUGCAUCUAGGCUAUGUGCGUGAGGAGCCGAGAGGGUAUUUACUCUAUUGCUCCAACUCACGUCAACAACUUGGAUCAACACAUUUUGUUUGGGAAUGAUCUCAUGGUGAUAGACUCUGAGUAUUUAUCCUCUCCAGCUCAGAAGAUAAUGGACAUCAGUGCUUGGGAACUAUUCUGAAACCCAAUGGUUCUAAUUAGCUAGACGCUCGUCUAAUCAGCUGACUGAGUAUCUCGUAUUGAAGUUAUACAAAUGAAGUUGAAAUCAAAGCUGCGUGUAUUUGUCAUCCUUCCAAACAUUCAGACCCUCUCCCCGUGCCUGAAUCCCAGUCAUUACAGUAUCUAAAUUAAACUAUAUUUUUAAUCAUCUUAAUCAAACCCUACAGUCGAUCCACGUUGAGUGUCUGAAUCCACACCUUUGCUGCUACUGUCAGAGAAAGCUGAUAACCCGCUCCGAAGUGUUGGCAUGUAACUGUAACUCCAGGUGCCACACACAGUAUGAAUAGUUAAUGCCUGGAGACAGGGAGGGGUGUUAACGAUGCCCAAAGUUUCUACCUCCUCUCCCUCAGGUUGUAAACAUCCAGGGCUCAGUUUUUGGCUUGGCAGCGUAUCUAGUGCAGGGUACAAGAGGGCAUUACUCACUCAUUUUGUCAUGAUCUCAGCUUGGUCUAGUGUGACACAUUACCCUCUUACUGCUACAUUGUACUCAGGCUGUACAUUGUACUCAGGCUGUGCUCUGACCGGAAUAGUAUGAUUUUUUGGAGCUGUUUGGUGGUUCUAGGGAAUUCAGCUACUGUACACAUUCUCUUUUAGAAUAUACAUUCACUGUACAGUAUAAACCUUCAAAUGUUUUUAUACUUUCAACACAAGCAAAAAAGUGUGAUGGUCUUCUGCACUCAAAAAGAUGUUGCAUAAAGCUUUAUUUAUUUUAUUUUUUAAAUAUAUACAGUUCAUUCUGAAAGUAUUCAGACCCUUGAUUUUUUCCACAUAUUGUUAUGUUACAGCCUUAUUCUAAAAUUGAUUAAAUCGUUUUUUUUCCUCAUCAAUCUACACAUAAUGCCCCAUAAUGACAAAGCAAAAACAGUUUUUUUGAAAUUUUUGCAAAUGUAAAAAAAAAAAAGAAGGAAAUGUCACAUUUACAUAAGUAUUCAGACCCUUUACUCAGUACUUUGUUGAAGCACCUUUUUGCAGCGAUUACAGCCUUGAGUCUUCUUGGGUAUGACGCUACACCUGUAUUUGGGGAGUUUCUCCCAUUCUUCUCUGCAGAUCCUCUCAAGCUCUGUCAGGUUGGAUGGGGAAUGCCAAGCGUCACAUAUGGAGGAAACCUGGCACCAUCCCUACGGUGAAGCAUGGUGGUGGCAGCAUCAUGCUGUGGGGAACUUUUUCAGCGGCAGGGUCUGGGAAACCAGUCAGGAUCGAGGGAAAGAUGAACGGCGCAAAGUACAGAGAAAUCCUUGAUGAAAACCUUCUCCAGAGCACUCAGGACCUCAGACUGGGGCGAAGGUUCACCUUCCAACAGGACAACAACCCUAAGCACACAGCCAAGACAACGCAGGAGUGGCUUCGGGACAAGUCUCUGAAUGUCCUUGAGUGGCCCAGCCAGAGCCCGGACUUGAACCCGAUCAAACAUCUCUGGAGAGACCUGAAAAUAGCUGUGCAGCAAUGCUCCCCAUCCAACCUGACAGAGCUUGAGAGGAUCUGCAGAGAAGAAUGGGAGAAACUCCCCAAAUACAGGUGUGCCAAGCUUGUUGCGUCAUACCCAAGAAGACUCAAGGCUGUAAUUGCUGCCAAAGGUACUUCAACAAAGUACUGAGUAAAGGGUCUGAAUACUUAUGUAAAUGUGAUAUUUCCGUUUUUUAUUUUUAAUAAAUUUGCAAAAAUUACAAGAAAAUACGUUUUGCUUUGUCAUAAUGGGGUAUUGUGUUUAAAAAAAAAACUAUUUCAUCAAUUUCAGAAUAAGGCUGUAGCGUAACAAAAUGUGGAAAAAGUCAAGGGGUGUGAAUAGUUUCCGAAUGCACUGUAUAUUCUUCUUACUGCAUCAGGAUAGCAUACACAGACAUUUAGGCUUAUUUGCCUUCUUCACACUGAAGAAGGAUUCACGGGUUUAACGCACCAACCAAACUUUUGGGAGAGCGCUAUGGUCCUCUUUUGAUUAUACUUUCAACACAUCUUAGGUUUAUAACCUUUGAGAUCACUGGCUGAAUGAAUCUUGUUACCAUGGCUUUGUAUAUCGCCAUGUGACAGUAGGCCAGUAAGCCAAACAAGUUUCCUCUUGGCACAUUAUCACAGGUCAGACCUUAGCAGCUGUAGCCCUUUCGUUUACUGAUCCAGCCUCCUCAAGAAGGAAAACACCCCUACUUAACAAAGACCUUGUUGGCUCUCAUAUUGAUCACACUACAGGGACUGCACUGCAGAGCCUAGCUUAUUUCCAGUGAGUGAGAGUGUGUUUUGGCAAUGUGAAUGUCAGAGGUGAGUGGCCAUGGGUUGGCGUUAUGGGAAGGGGGUGGGACCGUGUGGAAGGGGCUGGUUAGGGGGGAGUUCCUGAGGGCGUUGGUUGGGAGGGUUGGUGGCAUUGGAUGCAAGGACUCCCAGGAAAACAACAUCAUGUGCUGCUGUUUACUCAGUCCCCGCCACAGCCCCCUCUGUCACGAUCUCCAUCCGCUCUGCCUCUGACCUACUUGUGAGUGCCCAAAAUAAAAAAAAUGGAACCGUCUCGAAACCUCUCAGCCAACAAUGACUUUAUUUCAUCAGACCAUGUUAACUAGGUUCUCUGUGGUAUCAUCUUGUUUGAGCAGUUUUGGAAAAACCCAGGAAUUUGAGCAAAUCAUAGAGCGUAGAAAUGGACUGGACAUGGUGCAGAAGAUAGUGGCUAACCAUUCUGCCAUCUCGUCUGCAGGAGAAGAGCCUGAGAGUGCUGUCUUUGUGUGUUCUUACAAACAGCUGCCCUUAUCCUACACAUUAACACUUCCUCUGCUGAAUGUCUACAGUACACAUAACCCCUAUUAUACAGAGAACACAUCGUACUCCAUCACACUUUAUUGUACAUUCAAUACUGCCUAAGUGCAUAAUGAAAUAGACCUAAUUUAAUUGAGCAAUAAUUAUUGUGCAAGCUGCAUUCACAAUAAUUAAUAUGCAAUCGGUUGAAAUGUAUACCCCCUAUUCCACUUAUAAAUAGCUAAUCAUUGGUACAGAUCUUCAAGUCCUGAGUCAUACUGUACUCUACUUACCCCCUAGUCUAUUUUGCUGGCCUCUAGCUAUUUUGGGUUGUGUACACAGUACACACUGCCUAGUGCUACUCCACUCAUUCAGGCCCUGCAGGCCUCUACUCUGUCUUUAUGUAUGAUGAAUGCUAUUUGGAAAAUGUGCAAAAAAUGUUUGAAUCCAAACUACAGAUUGGAGACAGCGGGUGACCUCAAUGAAACAGGCCAUGGAAGAUGGAAUGGUGGUUAAACACGAGCAACGUAUCUCUUGAUGCGUUAAUUAUUGAGCUGUUUGUUCCUCACUCUGGUAGAUUAGCGGUCUGCUGAUCAGUGGCUGGCCUGCCUGGGGUCAUCUGAGGUCCUGUAUGGUUACUGUCUGUCUGUAGGCCUAGUCUGAACCCAGUGACCAAAAUUGGUUGAAAGACAUCUUUCCGAUGUCUGUUCAACGUCUUUUCAAUGUAUUUUUAACCAAAAAUACAUAUUUUCAACAUUAUUUUCUACAUCUUGAGCUCAUAGGGAAGGCACUAGGUUUUCCCCCUGCUGGUCUGAUGCUCAUUGCUUGAUGUAAUGUACAUAGUGUAUAUGUGUAACUGGGUCACAGGAGCAGCUAGUGAGUGAUAAAUGCUGAGGUGAGCAUAUUAAUAGUUUUACUCAUAGCACCUUCAUGUUGAGCCAAUCAGCAAUCAGUUAUAGCUCCUUUCAGUGAAUCUGACUUCAAUAAGCAAGCAAGCUCUUUGAAGAGUGUGGCAUAGUACUUUCAACUCUUUCACCGAUCUUAAGAAAAUUAGUUUAGACUCUUUGAUUUCAUGGCUCAAUAUUUCCCAGAGCCACUGUGUAGGUUGAGCUAAACAGCUCUAAAACCAUUCAUAUCUUAUUUUGUAUACUGGUUUAAAGGAGCAGUCCAUGGUUGCUUUGUAGUGUAGUUAUGGUGAGACCUGCACAGAAACGUGCUGUUAACACAGAUCAAUGAGAUUAGAUGGAGAUCUGUGGUGAACUAAACCUAAAGAUAGAGAAUGUUGCAGAGAUCUGUAUAAACAUAAUGCAAUCUCUUGUUCAAUUUGCAGUGGGGUUACUGUGGGAUUCUCAGGGUGGGAAAACUUUUGUUAGUCUUUAGAAAAGGAACAGGCUUUGCUUAUUUGUGAAUGGAGGGAUUAGUUUGAAUACUUCACCCCAAGGAGGGCCAUGAUCCAAUCUGGUUGCCUAGAGACAUGUUUUUGUCUGUUAAGCCACUUCCUCUGUGUUCCCUGCCUUAGUUGGACUAUUGAUUGGCUGUUAAAUGCUCCCAUGUCAUGUUCUGAUCUGAUGACUGAUCUGAUAAAUGGUUGACGUUUAAUUAAACUACCAGGCUGAUCUUCUCUUCCCUUCUCCUGGCUAGAAAUUCUCCUGGCUCCUUUUUUUCAGAUUGGAACAUAGAAUGAAUGAACUCUGGAAUGAGUUUAGCUCUGGGUACACUGUCUAAAGUUUACUGAGAGAAACUAAACUGAAGUUAAAUAAUCUUUCUCUGUGGAAUGUCUGCAAGGCCCCUCCCCUGUGUGACUCAAUAGAGAGGCACAAUGCUCAGUCAGCCAUCCAGCCUUUGAGGAAUACCAUUGAUUACAUGGUGUUUACCGCACUGAGGACCUAGGGUCAAGAGGUCAGAACACCAAAUCCCAUUCCCUUUGUCUGGUUAAGGGUGAGAAAGCAGGGGGCAGUGGGGGCAGUGGCAUGCCUACUGGAGAUCGUGUUUUCUCACAGAAGGGCUGCUCUGCACUAAGGAGCAAAGCUUUCUGGAAAAAGCUGCUGUGAAAGCAAGUGUUUUUGUGUGAAAGUUAACAGGGUGCGCUGGUGCAGGUAGUCAUCAAACUAAUGAAUGUCAGUAUAUAUGCAUACUGUAUGUGCUGCACCUCUGUCUCUGUCACUUUUAUCUACUGCUUUUAUUUAAGGGACUAUUUUCUUUCAAUGAAGUUGAGUUGUUACUGGUAACUAGUGUAUUAUUCAAGGUGUUGUCACUGUGGAUGUGGGACUGAGAUCGUUAUUAAGUGAGAGCUUUUGUUUUGACAGUUUCACAUUCUUUUCAUGGCAGUGGGAUGAGGGGGUAUUGACUGAGCAUCUGAGUGUCUAGAAGCAGGAAAUGACGAGCAGAACAAGAAUGAAUCCAGACUGUUUAAUGGUUUAGUUCUCAAAAUAGGCAGAACGCAGACUUAUGGGAAUGGUCAUUAAAUGGACAUUUUAAGAAUGAAGGAAUAAGAAGAAUUGAGGAAUGACAGCUCAUGUCAAAAUGUUGAUACUGAGUGAGAAAAUGUACUGAGGAAAACAUUUCAUUAUACAGAAGUAACUAAUUGUACUGUAUCAUUUGAGGCCCCCUCCAGCAUGUUGGAGGCUAGAAGGAGUAGAAGAGUAAAGAGCACUCCUCCUGCUGGCUGCAUUGAGAUUGAUCGAUGAUUGUUCAUGUAGUACCACAGGUCAAGCAGCACAGAAUGGAUUCAGUAGUUCCUAAAGGUCUUUUUGCUUUUUAGGAUACAUCUCUAUUUAGCCUAGACUUUUGGUGCAUUCCAGUCAAGGGGUAGCUCUGCUUCUUUAGAAAUAAUCAGAAACCAAAGAAAGUACAUAGUCAGCUGGACAGUGAGACAUAACAGAGAAACUUUCCUGUCUAGUCAGGGUUGGGGGCGGUACAGGGAAGAUCUUUUGUCCAUCGGUAAAACAUUGUGAUCCGUGGGUGAGAAAAGCCCUGAUCAUUAGGCUACUACACAAAGGCUGGAAGAGUAGGAGUUGCAUGAGGAGCCUAUGACUAAUGGACCUGGCCAUUGAGGGGUCCGAACCACAUUGUGUUUCUAUUGUGACGAUAGAUGGCCACUGGAAUAAAGCUAGUGAACAGGUGCAGUGCAUUCCAGUAGGCUCUCUUUCUGCUGCAUGGUGUGGAGUGGAGAACAUCUCUCAUCUUCUCUCUUCUUUGUUAAUGAGUAGAAAUAAUGCUAAAUUCUCUUAGUGCCGUUUAGGGCAAAUCACAGCAAGCUCUACUUUAAUUAAAUCAAGUCCUAUGAUCAAUAUCUAAUAACAAGAGAGAAAAGAAAAACAACACAGAUGCAUGUAGUCUUAGAAAUAUUCUGAAUAUUAGUGACACAAUUCAUCCUAUAAAUUAGGCCUAAUGUAAGCUAGGCCUUUCAUGUUGUGUAUUCCCAGUCGUUUGUGAAGAGGACCACAUGUAAUGUGAGGCACUAAGAUACUGACUGACUCACUCAGAGUAGGUUAUGUAGUGGUUCAGUAAGUGAAGUGUAUCUAUGAAUCAUCAUGACUAAAAUAAAAGGACGAUUUUUGAGAAAUUUUGUCAUGUGGAUUGCAGGAAAAGGUCAACAAUAGAGAGAUAAUAUGAUUUAUUGCUGAAAUUAAAUGAAUUAUUGACUAUAAAUAUCCUUGUCUGUUAACUUGAUUGAACUCCAAACACUGUCUGAAAAUCUCCUGUCUUAGUAUGUGUGUGCUGUUUCUCUUUCCCUGCAAUGCACUAAUUCCAAUUUAAUUGCCAGUUGCCUCAAGGCACUUCAAUAACAGUAACAAAUGAUUUGAUUUAGUGGACCUCAUCAGACUGAAUGUUAAAUGCAACUCAGCAACCCCACUUGAAUUCCAAUGAAACGCUUGCAUAGCCUUCUGCUUGCUAAUGAUCCACCGCUGGAGAUGUCUGAUUGAAUCCGAGUCGUGAGCAAUGGGACCUGCUUUGUAAAUUAUCCUAAACCGAGCAGACACGGAAAUAACGACCUCAUAACCUAACAUGGACCACCUCUCUGCAGGACUCAUACAUUAUUAUCAGUGGAAUUGAUUACCCGAUGAACUGAUGAUUCAGUCCUACCUCACAUUAGAAUUUUCAUGAGAAGGAUAAGCAAAGGGGUCAUUUGAAUAGUGUUAAGAAAAAGUGAGAACCCUGUAUAUUGUGUGUGAGUAUUUAAUGGUGGUUCUUCACAGAUCCUGUGUGAGUAAAACUAGCCUGUGUUUCCCUAUCUGUAUUCUGCUCCACUCUCAGCGCAACAGGAGAGCAGCCCCAAAGUGAUGCCAGGUCACACACGGGAUUAAAAGGAUUGUGUUUUUCCUGCAGUCCUGCCUUUAAUGGCUUGAUAUCGCUACUUAACAUUCAGCACAUAGCUCAUAGUGUAGGCAUCGUUCAGGGUGGAGCUGCUAUCAGCCUCUCUCUGUGAACAGACACAGAGGACUCCAGAGGCUGCUGGAGCACAGGCUUGAUGGGGAUUGAGGAGAAUAAUUCCUAUUUUAUCAUCCCAUAAGGAGAAGGCAUUGAUUAUGUGAUUGACAGUUCUAGCAUCCUGUGUAUUAUUUUAUUUUUUUAUCUCUAAAAGACAAUGACUUCCAAGUCAACGUCAAUCAGAAAAGUGUAUAAAGUCAAACUGAAUGAAUUUCACGCCUGUCAGGGGGGUUAGUUUAGGUAGAAACACUUUGCUCUUUGAAAGAACCAUUCUCCUCAGAACACUCAGAGAGUCUCAGGCUCAGAGUUGAGUGACCCAGUUUCCCCACUGAGUGUAUGUUUGGUCCUGAAAUAACUGUGUCUGUGUCUCUGUGUGGUCUCCAGGGACAGACAUGGCAGUGUUCUGUCUGCUGUGUGCCAAGCGGUUCCAGACCCAGAAGGCUCUGCAGCAGCACAUGGAGGUUCAUGCAGGGAUGCACAGCUACGUCUGCAGCCACUGUGACCACCUCUUCCCCAGCCACACCACCCUCAAACGCCACCUGCGCUCACACACAGGUAAGGACUGCAUCUGUGUCCAUUGUCAUCUUCGUCAUCAUCAUCAUCAUCAUCAUCAAUGUUUUCAUCACCAUCAUAAUCAUCAUCAUCGUAAUCAUCAUCAUCACUGUCAUAUCUGUCAACAUCAUUGCCUACAAUAACACACAAUCCAAAGCUGCAAUGAGAUCAAUUCCCAUAAACCUCAAACCUUUAAUCCUUAAAUACCUUGAACUACUACUUCUCUCUUGGCACCAGACUGAAAUAGCAUAAGACCAGAGUUUUUCAAUUACAGUCAGUUUCACUUAUUUGAUCAUGUCUACAUUCUCUUAACGUUAAUAAACUCCGCAAUGAUUCACUUUCCUGUAGACAGUAAUGCUCCGAUAUAGCCAGUGUUACGUUUGAGGCUAUUUUAUCAUCCAGUUUAUUUUGUAGGUUCUUAGACACAGUUUUUAGGUUCUUAGACACGCGAUUCAUGUCUGUCAGUUCUACUGCAGUUCUCCCCAAAUGACAGAGCAAACCUAAAUAAAUAUCUAAAGAACAGCAAAUAUCUGUGUUUUUCUCUGAGAGUUAGUCAGUGGUGCCCUAAGGGGGGGAGAGAGGGAGAGGGAGAGGGAGAGGGAGAGGGAGAGGAGAGAGAGAGAGAGAGAGAGAGAGAGAGAGAGAGAGAGAGAGAGAGAGAGAGAGAGAGAGAGAGAGAGAGAGAGAGAGAGAGAGAGACCCCUUCUUCUGAUCCACAUCUAUAUUGAACAAAAACAUAAUUGAUGUGAAGCGGAGUUUGCCCAUCGUUGUGUAUCUUGUUUAUAUCACAGUCAUCUUGGUAGUAUCAUGUGUAAAUGUCAUGUGUCUUGUAGCAUGGGGGGCUUUGUGAAGCAUCAGGCUAUAAUGAACAGUGCAGUGUAUUCUCCCACUUGGCUGUUGCUGUGGACACUGAGCUAAUGAGACACAUAGGUCAUUGCAGAUGACUCAAAGCCACAGCCUCAGAGAGAAAUGGAUCAACUAUGGAGAGCACCACCUGUCUGGAGGACUUCUAUUAGCUGUUAGCAGGCAGCCGGAUGGAGUGUCCUCACAUGUCAUAACAUUAUUGUAUACAGUAUAUUAUAUUAUUAUUAUUAUUAUUAUUAUUAUUAUUAUUAUUAUAUAUAUCUGAAAGCACAUUCUUUUUUUUUAGCCUGAUAUGCAAAAAUGUUCUGUUUUUAUUGACCUGUACAACUUUACAUUUAUCAUAUGCAAGUAGUACUCACGAUAAAGUAACCCUUUGAUACCAUUUGUUUGCUGAAUAGCGGAGGCCUACCUGAACUGUUAGAUACUGUUUAGCAUUAUGACACCUGUAAUGACGUGUAUCCAACCUUUACCCAACCUGUGUCUAACCUGUGUCUCCAGGUGAUCACCCGUUUGAGUGUGAGUUCUGUGGGAGCUGUUUCCGGGACGAUGGCAUGUUGAGGGGACACAAACGUAUCCACACAGGAGAGAAGCCUUACGAGUGUAACGGCUGUGGUAAAAGGUUCAGCCUCAAGCACCAGCUGGAGACCCACUACCGCGUACACACAGGUUAGAGAGCAGUGUCAGGUCGUAAUAACACAGACACAAUCAAAUCAGACCACAAAUCAGAACAGUGCAUGGUCAUAAUAACAACACACUCACAUGUCAGAUUGUUUUGUGUUCAUGACAGCAUACACAUAGGUCAAACCAAUGUGUGCCAGUACCACUGGUUUUAGCAUAUAGUCAAGGAACGGUUUCACAAGUAUGCUGUUGUAUUCCUAUAGGUGAGAAGCCAUUUGAGUGCAAGAUCUGUCACCAGCGAUCCAGGGACUACUCUGCCAUGAUCAAGCACCUGCGUACCCACAACGGAGCGUCGCCCUACCAGUGUACCAUCUGCCAGGACUUCUGCCCCAGCCUGGCAGCCAUGCAGAAACACAUGAAGAGCCACAGACCCGAGGAUGUGCCCACGGACUGGGGGAUAGAGAAGACCUACCUGUACGUAUGCUACGUCUGAGCAGGACUUAGACACUAAGACACACUAUCCUAUGUGUGGGCAGGUUUUUCAUCUUAUUGUUUCCUCUAAAGAAAAGUAUGUUUCUCAUUUCUGUGGUUUGAUUGGUUUUAUCACGAAUUGCCGCAAUGAUCUGUCAUUACAUUAAACCUGCAUAUGUGUUGAAGGCUGAAAGACUACUGGUCAGGUUACCACAGCAGUGAAAGUGUUGCACUAGAAAGGAUAUUGAGUUCUAUCUGCUGUGACUGUGAUUGUGAGAUGUAGAACCGAACUUCUCUGGUGGAAUUGCAGUACUAUACUACGUAGAUUGAUUGAGAUAAACAAACAUUUCCUCUCUUAUUAUUUCCUGUUAUAGAUUUUUUGGUGUGUUGUUUGUUUUCUGCAUGUUUUACUUGAAUGGCCUCCAAGUGCUUUAUUUAAUUUGCGUCUUAUUUUUCAGUGCGCAUAUUACGCAUAUGAUUUCCCCUACCUGUCAGUUAUUAUUUCUGCUCAUGCUGAUUGACAAGCAUUAAGGUGUAACAGGUUUUGCUAUUUAUGUCAUGCAUCGAUUUUGUUUACGAAAUAGGUUGGUUAUUUUGACCCAACCUCAAGGUCGUUUAUUUUGUUAUUAGAAUAAGCGCUACCUCUUCAAUCUUCAACUUUUGCUCAGAGGCAAUAGCACAUCUUAGAACUGCUGUUUCUCAUCCUGUUUUCAUCCAUCAUCUGUAGCUUUAACUUCAAAUGGCCUUUUAUAUUGGUCAAGCGGUUUUAAAUCUUCUGAGAAUUAAUUCAUGGAAUUGAUUCGUACGGUUGCCUGUUGGGUGGAAAAAAAAGAUUUGAAAGUCUUCAAAGUGACUUUUAUGUGUAGAAUUUUUUAUCAGUAGAAAUAUAGCAGUCUGUUAAAUCACAGAAUUCGAUUUUUCUCUAAGUGAUGAAAAGAAAGAAAAUGUGAAUAAAAGUGUUGUCUUUUUUACUAAAUGUGAAAAGAUGAUUCUGUAAAGUUAAAUCACUAAAAGCAGGUUAUCGUCAGUUGUAAUGUCUGUUUCUGUAAAUGUACAAAAUGUAAUUGUAUCUUAUUUCUAGAAGAGAGCCAAAUGAGGGCUUCUCUGAUUUAAAGAUGUUGUAUUUUUGUAUUAGAGUGAUUUGCAAUUUGUUUACAUUUGUUUUGAUUUAAGAAACAUAUUUUCUUGUGUGUUUUGUAAGUCUCUGGAGUAUGAUUUGAGUAAGAGCCCUCCCUGUGCCUCUUUUAUAAAUGGAGAAUAGAUGUGCUGAAUACAUGUAUAAAGUACAUGUAUGUUGUAUUGAUCGUUGUUGUUCCAUGGUGUUUCUUUAUUGUUAGUGAAGAACAUAUUUUCACUGCUAUGCCAUAGAAGACCCUAUUGUCUAAACAUUGUCAUUUGAAACAAGAUACUUCUAAUGAUUAUGGUAUUAUGCCCCAGGUACCUCAUGCCUCAAAGCAAAGUUUACGAGUGAGAUUUUCUUUCAAAAUGUUCUGUCAUGUCAAAGUAACAAUUGGAUUGUGAAUUUAUUGAAUGGGAAUACAUUUACAGAAAACACAGAAUACAUAGUGGUAUUGUUAAUAAUCUUUAUAAAGCUAGACGUUGGGCAAAUAUGGGUCUAUCUAACACUAUGGUCUUCUAGAACAAACAGCCAACACUCAGUGCCAUGAAAACAAUUAAAAGUACCAACUCAUCUUCAUUGUACUACUAUCUAUUAUAUACUGAACAAAAAUAUAAAUGCAACAUGCAACAAUUUCAAUGAUUUUACUGAGUUACAGUUCAUAUAAGAAAAUCUGUCAAUUGAAAUGAAUUCAUUAGGCCCUAAUCUAUGGAUUUCACAUGACUGGGCAGGGGCGCAGCCAUGGGUGGGCCUGGGAGGGCAUAGGCCCACCUACUUGGGAGCCAGGCCCAGCCAAUCAAACGUUUUUCCCCAUUGAAGGGCUUUAUUACAGACAGAAAUCCUCCUCAGUUUCAUCAGCUGUCCGGGUGGCUGGUCUCAGACGAUCACGCAGGUGAAGAAGCCAGAUGUGGAGGUCCUGGGCUGGUGUGGUUACACGUGGUCUGCGGUUGUGAGGCCGGUUGGACGUACUGCCAAAUUCUCUAAAACGAUGUUGGAGGCGGCUUAUGGUAGAGAAAUUAACAUCCAUUUCUCUGGCAACAGCUCUGGUGGACAUUCCUGCAGUCAGCAUGCUAAUUGCAUGCUCCCUCAAAACUUGAGACAUCUGCAUUGUGUUGUGUGACAAAACUGCACAUUUUAGAGUGGCCUUUUAUUGUCCCUAGCCCAAGGUGCACCUGUGUAAUGAUCAUGCUGUUUAAUCAGCUUCUUGAUAGGUCACACCUGUCAGGUGGAUGGAUUAUCUUGGCAAAUGAGAAAUGUGUAAAUAACAGGGAUGUAAACAAAUUUGUGUGCAAAAUUUGAGAGAAAUACGCUUUUUGUGCGUAUGCAACAUUUCUGGGAUCUUUUAUUUCAGCUGAUGAAACUUUACAUGUUGCGUUUAUAUUUUUGUUCAGUGUACAUAUACACAUGCAUUAUAAAGAUUUUAGGAUUUCCGUGGUGGACCAAAACUAUCAGAGCACUUUAAAAACAUGUUUUUCUUUGAUCUUUCUAUGUUAUAAUAAAGCAGAAGUCGUUUUAUUUGGUGUGUGUACUAUAAGGAUGCGAUGAUCAUCAUUUAGGUAGAGUUUAUGUAAAUGUUUGUCUACCUCAGCACCAGUUCAGUCAGUGCUUGUCCUGGUGUCCAAUCAGGGUUGUUCUUCUUGCCAUGUGUGUUAAAUCCUUUUGCAUUACUGCUUUGUAACACUGUGUGUACAAGUGUUUUCUCAGUGUGGAUUCAGGUACAGCUCUCUUUACGCAUCAGUGUUCUGUGGCAUGAUGAAAAAAUAAUUAAAAAGGAACUAUUUUACAAUGCAGGUCUUUAUUGUGUCAUCAGUCAAGUAAAGUGAGUUUGUACUGUCUGUUUUUUUUUGCAUACUAUUCACAUGCACUACAGGAAAAUGUUCAGUGUUUGAAUAUGUUAUAAAAUAUCAAAAUGCAAAUCCAUGACGGUUGUGUUAAUAAUAAUAAUAAUAAUAAUAAUAAUACAUUUUAUUUGUGCCUUUCAAAAUACCCCAAGGACACUUACAGAGUAAAACAUAUAAAAUAGCAUAUAAAACGGUUGUGUUUUCCUGUCUCACUGUAGCAUGCAGCUGAAGUCAUGACAGGCGGUUUGGUGACCCUUAGUGGCACGAUGCCAGACUAACAGCUGUGUGGGUUUGUCUAGCUGCUACAGAUGAGGGAAGGGAUAAGUCACUGCCUCUCUACCCUCCCUCUACUCUACCACACACCACUAAGCAGAAAGGCACCCAUACAGUAGCUGCAUCCAGUCAAUAACCAGAGGGAAUUCUUCAUCACAGGUACUACCUUUUGUUUAUAUUUACUUGUUUCUAUGUUUAUUUGUGGGUUUGGGAUGUGUUGGUAUAGACGUGUUGGUAUAGACAUGUGUUGGUAUAGACGUGUUGGUAUAGACAUGUGUUGGUAUAGACAUGUGUUGGUAUAGACAUGUGUUGGUAUAGACGUGUUGGUAUAGACAUGUGUUGGUAUAGACAUGUGUUGGUAUAGACAUGUGUUGGUAUAGACAUGUUGGUAUAGACAUGUGUUGGUAUAGACAUGUGUUGGUAUAGACAUGUGUUGGUAUAGACAUGUGUUGGUAUAGACGUGUUGGUAUAGACAUGUGUUGGUAUAGACGUGUUGGUAUAGACAUGUGUUGGUAUAGACGUGUUGGUAUAGACAUGUCGGUAUAGACAUGUGUUGGAAUAGACAUGUGUUGGUAUAGACAUGUCGGAAUAGACAUGUGUUGGUAUAGACCAUAGCAAUGCUGUGUUUCCAUUUUUAUUGUUUUUCGAUUCAGUAAGUUAGAAUGACAUUUUUACUGAGUAAUGGAAACUCAGUAAAAAUGUAAUUCUAACUUACUGAAUCGAAAAACACAAUAAAAAUAGAAACACAGCAUUGCUAUGGUCUAUACCAACACAUGUCUAUUCCGACAUGUCUAUACCAACACGUCUAUACCAACACAUGUCUAUACCAACACAUGUCUAUACCAACACAUGUCUAUACCAACACAUGUCUAUACCAACACGUCUAUACCAACACAUGUCUAUACCAACACAUGUCUAUACCAACACGUCUAUUCCAACACAUGUCUAUACCAACACAUGUCUAUACCAACACAUGUCUAUACCAACACAUGUCUAUACCAACACAUGUCUAUACCAACACGUCUAUACCAACACAUGUCUAUACCAACACAUGUCUGUACCAACACGUCUAUACCAACACAUGUCUAUACCAACACGUCUAUUCCAACACAUGUCUAUACCAACACAUGUCUGUACCAACACGUCUAUACCAACACAUGUCUGUACCAACACGUCUAUUCCAACACAUGUCUAUACCAACACAUGUCUGUACCAACACGUCUAUACCAACACAUGUCUAUACCAACACAUGUCUAUACCAACACAUGUCUAUACCAACACAUGUCUAUUCCAACACAUGUCUAUACCAACACGUCUAUACCAACACAUGUCUAUACCAACACAUGUCUAUACCAACACAUGUCUGUACCAAAACGUCUAUACCAACACAUGUCUAUACCAACACAUGUCUAUACCAACACAUGUCUAUACCAACACGUCUAUACCAACACAUGUCUGUACCAACACAUGUCUAUUCCAACACAUGUCUAUACCAACACAUGUCUAUACCAACACAUGUCUAUACCAACACAUGUCUAUACCAACACAUGUCUAUUCCAACACAUGUCUAUACCAACACAUGUCUGUACCAACACGUCUAUACCAACACAUGUCUAUACCAACACAUGUCUGUACCAACACGUCUAUACCAACACAUGUCUAUACCAACACAUGUCUAUACCUACACAUCUAUACCAACACAUGUCUAUACCAACACAGUUUAUCCACCAGCAGAGCAUAGUGACAACACACAAUGACUUGGACGUAGUAAAGAAGCUCCUAGUUUGUUUGCAAUGAUGGAAUAGUCCACUAGUGUAUUACAACUGUGCUGACACAGAACGAUCCUGUCCUGUUUAUGUAGUUGAUGAGCAUGAGAUCCACCAAAUGUAAUGGAGCCAUUUUGAAAAGAUGAAAGGUGGGCUAAAUUUAGUUACACAUGUGCAAAAAGGAUUAUCUCCUCUGUAAUCUCCUGAAAUCCAUGGUCAUGCUCUGUAGACGAGCAGAUUGAUUAAGAGCUGGUGCUAAUGUAAUCUCCUCUGUUUAAUUAGUGUGAGCAUGGUGGGCAGCACAUUACACACCAUCUGGACUGGAGAUUGACUGGAGCAGCAGGCCUGCUCUUAUCCACCCUCUCCAUCAUAUUUAGUCUUUACAACAAGACACAAACAGGGACAUGUCAACUCUAGCUCUAUGUUCUCAGUCUGGAUACAAGUGUCACCCUGCACACAUCAUAAAAUAAUAUUAUUGUAAACCUGAUUUUUUGACUUGCACAGGUGAUAAACGUUUUUUCUAGCUUGUCUUGUUGACACUAUAAACGUUGGACACCCCUGUCGAUUUGUCUCGGUUUCUUUCUCUGUCUCUCAGGUGUUGGUGACUGGUCUAUGGUCCACAGAGGGGGAUUCCAGCCAUGCUCUCCACGGUGAUCUCCAACAGCUGUUCACUCUAUGGGGACUAUGGCAACUAUGGACCUCCCCCAUACCCCAGGAAGAACAUCAGACCCAGAGCUUCACUUCGACACAACCCAUAUAACCCAUGCAGACCAUACCUGAGGAGGGUCAUUAUAACAUCUCAAUAUUCACUGCAAAGAUGACUAGUUUAUAAUUGUAUUGUUAUCAAUAUCUUCACUGUUCGAUUGCAGAUGACACCUUUCUGUCUUGAUGUCUUGAUUGCAGGUGGACACUAGAGUAUCUUUAGCCGAUCCCAAGAAAAUCUCCAGGACCUCCAGUAGGGGUCAGUAUGUCACCGUGCCUGUUCACCAUCCAAAGCUGCAUCUCUCUCCGACACUGGGGCUAGGCAUGGGGCCUCCCCGGCCCAACACCAGACAGAGCCCACUGCCGGUCAGUCAGAGGAUCAUCCAAUCACAGCACAAAGCAAGGCAGACCAGGAGUGCUGAGAGCUGCUCCAGUUAUGACAGAAGCUCCUGGGUUAAGAAAGGCUCUAGUAAACCUAGUAAAGGGAAGAAAACACAGAACAAGGCCACAUCUUCUUCUUCCAAGAGUACAGGAGACAUACGACACAAGAGUUCCAGUUCUAAUGGUCGCCAGCACCAUCGCUACUUCACCAAGGAUGGCAUGUGUCGCGGCUCAUCAUACAGCUCCAAGAACAAGAUGUGUGACCUGAUCGGCACCCUGGUGGAUCUGAAGUACAGCUGGAUCCUAUUUGUCUUUACCCUGUGCUACAUCGUCACCUGGACAGCCUUUGCAGAGCUCUACUUCCUGGGUGCCUGGCUGUGUGGUGAUAUGGAACACAUACAAGACCCGCAAUGGCACCCAUGCUUUGAGAAACUGGACAGUUUCCAUUCAGCCCUCUCUGUCUCCAUGGACAGCCAAAUCAUCAAUGGCUACGGCUCUAGAGUGGCCUCAGCCAACUGCAUGGACAGGGUGGUUCUCAUGAUGGCACAGUCCAUCAUUGAAUCAGUGUUAGACGCUCUGAUGCUGGGCUGCAUCCUGGCCAAGCUAGCCAAGCCUAAGAGGAGGCUGCCCACUCUGUUGUUCAGUCAGCACUGUGUGGUCUCUGAGAGGGAUGAGAGGCUGUGCCUGAUGUUCAACGUCAAGACUCUGAAAGAAACACACAUGCUGGUGGCAGAGAUAAGAGCCAAGCUGAUCAAAUCUCACCAUACCAAAGAGGGAGAGUUCAUCCUGUUGGAGCAGAGAGAGCUGACUCUGGGGAUGGGGCCAGAUGGAGCCAGGCUGUUCACAGUGGAGCCACAGACUGUGGAGCAUGUCAUUGAUAAACAAAGUCCUCUCUGGGGCAUCAGCGCUGACUCUUUAAAGUGGGAGACCUUUGAAAUUGUGGUCAUGGUGGACGGAGCCGUCCAAGACGCAGGUUUGUACUGAGAGGUGGGGAAAUCUGGAGUUGGAAUAAAAUAAAUGUUUGGGCUAUUCAAUCAGUGCGAAAAGGAAACUUGUUGUUUUCAAAUUAAUGGUUGUGAAUUAUUUCUAUGUUAUCAUUAUCAAAUCAUUAAUAUAGUUAAAUUGAAAGGGACCUACAGUAUCCUUAAUGCCUGGUUCCGACAGCAGAUGUAUAUAAUAUAAUCUUAUAACUUGACUGUAAAUAUGUAUUUCUUCUCAGGCACAGCCUUCCAUGUGAGGACCUCCUACACUGAAGAUGAGAUUAUUUGGGGACAGCGCUUUAAGUCAUACAUGCCACUAGACGAGAGGGGGAUUAGUUCCAAUCACAAGACCUCUGAUAAGAACUAUAAGGUCCAGACUGCCACACACAGUGACAGAGAGAUGGCAGUGAGACAAAGACAUGAGAGAUCCCCUGGACACGACACAGACUCUGUCCCCUCCAACAUGUCUACAAAGAAAGUACAUUACCAGUAUUUAUAUGAUCAAAUGUUACUGUGCAACUCAGUCGCUAAUAACAAUGGCACAGGAACUAGGAAACUUAGUAAGAAUGAGUUCUUUAUAUAAAUAUUGACGUUUGACAAGUCGGCAUAGAAGUGUUAAUCAAAGUUUAUGAAAUCAAGACACACUAUACAUAUCCUUCAGAAUGUUUAUACAAUGUGAAUAAACGAAUGCUGAUGACCAAUAUCUAAAGC